AUGAAGUCGAUGGUGGAAGCGGAAUGCGGAGGGCCAAAUGCCCUAGUGGGUCUUGCACAGAACUAUGGUACAUCAAAUCAACGUAUAGCACCUAUUACUACUAGUAGAGGCGUUUCAUCACUUUUACCCUCGUCUUCCCUCGGGGAACAAUUUGCCAAUGAUUUUCUACAACAGAAAGCUGCAGCGACUCAAGCGCCGUCAACAUUUAAUAUGAGUGCACUAGCCGCUCAGCUCCCCAAACAGUCCUCUUCCUCAACGAGCCUUGCCAAUAACUGGACGGCUGAAUAUGCAACGCUCCCUGGGCAUCAGUUAUCCACACAAUGGUCACAACAAUACACGUCGGCGAGGCCAUCUUACGAGACCGCAUGGGCAGGUGCGACUGGACAGACAACACCGUAUCCAGCUAUUGCUCAAAGUUCCACCUCUGUGGACAGUGCAAUGUGGUCGGCAGAAUUCCUGGAUAAUGUUGAGUCAUCGCUCAGAUCAUCACCGUUAUCAAAUGAACUGGCAGACAGUUGGGCACGGGAAUAUACUGCUGAGAUGCCGGACAUGUUUUCAAGUAUGGAGAGCGAAUGGGAGACAAUCCAGAGGAAUAUCGCUCUAUCUCAACAGGAGGAGGCUCAAAAAGUUGAAAACGAUAUAUAUGUGCAUCAGGAACACAAUCCUUUCUUGGCUUCGGCGGAUCCGCUUGCUGAAGGUGACCGUUUAAUGCAGGCGGGUGAUCUCGGGAAUGCAAUGCUCGCCUAUGAGGCGGCUGUGCAGAAAAAUCCACGUGAUGCUGAGCUUUCACGUGCUCUUCAAGACUAUCACGACAAAUUAGAAGAAGCUGUAAAACGAAAUCCGGAUGAUGCUAAUGCAUGGUGUCGUCUCGGCCUAUCGCAUGCUGAAAAUGAACACGAUCGCGCAGCAAUCGUUGCAUUCAAUAAUUGCCUAAAAAUUCAGCCAAAUAAUGAAGAUGCUUUGCUGGCAUUAUCCGUAUCGCUGGCAAAUGAGUCCGCUGAAAAUGAAGCUCUAUUCCAAUUGGAGAAAUGGUUAGUGGCUCAUCAAGGUGGCGAUCCUACCGCGGUGCAAAAAGCUCCGUUCGGCUACAGUUCGUUCCUUGAUCAUGAGAAAUUCGAUAAAGUUGAAGAGCGUUUUAUAAACGCAGCCAGGCAACAGACCGGUACUGCUGAUGCUGCGCUACAAAAUGCGUUAGGAGUUCUGUACAACCUGAACAAAAACUAUGAACGAGCAGUUGAAUGCUUGAAGUUGGCCAUAGCCAGUAGGCCAGACGACCCACGUCUCUGGAAUCGAUUGGGCGCAACGCUGGCGAACGGGGAUCGUACGCCAGAAGCGGUGGCUGCGUAUCGGGAGGCAUUGCAAAGGUAUCCGAUGUACGUGCGAGCACGUUAUAAUCUGGGUAUCAGCUGUAUGCAUCUGAACAGUUAUCGAGAAGCGGUUGAGCAUUUCGUGUCAGCCUUAGAUCUCCAGAAGGGCGGCACGGAUAGCUCAUCCAUAUGGCCGACGCUGAGAUCCGCAACGAUACGAAUGCCAAACGCUCCCGAGGAGGUGCUGCCCGCUCUGGAUCGGCGAGAUUUAAACGCAUUCAAGGCCGCAGUUUCCAGAAUGCCGCCUUUGUAG